UUCCGCCUUCCGCGGCUUCUCGCCAGCGUUGCACUGCGGAGAGCUGCGUUCGUCGGGCACCGACGGACGGGCAGCAGCAGGUCGACCCUUCACAAAAAUCGACGCCCCGGCCGCCGGUGCCACCUCGUGCGGCACCGAUCCCUGGGCCCGACCCUUCGCCCGACUACGCGGGCCCGCCGCCGCCGGUGAUUCUGCCUCGAGACGACGUCGUCAACCCCGAGGAUAACCUGCCGUUGCGGGGACAAACUUUGGUAGCGGAGUUCUAGCUUUUCUGUUGUCUUCUAUGGAGCCAACACAGAGGAUGGAAAAGAUCUGCAAUUGUUCAUGCUGUGGCUUGUAAGAAACUGCAAUUAGUUCUGCAACGAGGAUUCUAAUCUUGUUCGUGAGGUACUUCCGGAUCAAGGAAUCAGCUACUUUCUGGUGAUGCUACAGGAGGAGCAUAUUUCUCCAAUAUAAAUCUUAUCCAGAGGAACAAGUCCAAGAUUAGCAGCUUAACAUGUUUUGGAGUGGAUAUGACCCCCGAAAACUUUGCAGUUGCAAUAGUGUAUUUUGUGCAAGGAGUUUUAGGCCUUGCCAGGCUUGCUGUGAACUUUUACUUGAAGGACGAUCUUCAUCUUGACCCAGCAGAGACAGCGGUUGUGACAGGUCUGUCUUCUUUGCCAUGGUUGAUCAAACCUGUUUAUGGUUUUAUCAGUGACUCGUUCCCACUUUUUGGCUACCGAAGGAGAUCAUAUCUUUUUCUGUCUGGGCUUCUUGGAGCACUUUCAUGGAGCUUAAUGGCUAUGUUUGUCAACAGCAAAUAUAGUGCUGGACUUUGUAUUCUUCUUGGAUCUCUUUCAGUUGCCUUUUCUGAUGUUGUUGUUGAUUCAAUGGUUGUUGAAAGGGCUCGUGGUGAAUCACAGAGCACAUCAGGAUCCCUUCAGUCUUUAUGUUGGGGAUCUUCAGCCUUUGGGGGGAUUGUGAGUGCAUAUUUUAGUGGUUCACUUGUGAACAAAUAUGGUGUGAGAUAUGUUUUUGGCAUUACUGCUUUUCUUCCAUUGAUGACAUCAGCAGUUGCUAUUCUUGUAAAAGAACAUGCUUCGAAUGCUACCAGAGGACAUAAUCUCUCAAGCACCAGUUCAGGCUUUCUAAAGAGCUCCAAGCAAAGUAUUUUCCAGUUGUGGGCUGCCAUUAAGCAGCCUGACAUCUUUUUGCCGACAUUAUUCAUUUUCCUGUGGCAGGCAACACCACAUUCAGAGUCUGCCAUGUUCUUCUUUAUAACAAAUAAACUUCGAUUUACUCCAGAAUUUCUUGGCCGUGUCAAGCUUGUUACUUCUGUGGCAUCCUUGGUCGGGGUUGCAUUGUAUAAUUCGCUUCUAAAGAAUGUUCCGCUAAGAAAAAUCUUUCUUCUGACAACAAUUUUUGGGUCAACCCUUGGGAUGACGCAGGUCUUUCUUGUCACUGGAUUAAACCGACAGUUUGGUAUUAGUGAUGAAUGGUUUUCCAUCGGGGACUCUUUGAUUAUAACAGUUCUCAGUCAGGCUUCAUUCAUGCCUGUACUGGUCUUAGCAGCAAGAUUAUGCCCAUCUGGAGUCGAAGCCACACUGUUUGCUACUCUGAUGUCCAUCUCCAAUGCAGGCAGUGUCACUGGAGGUCUCAUAGGUGCCGGUGUCACUCAGCUUCUCGGUGUCACAAAAGACAGCUUCAAAAACUUAGCUCUGUUGAUCAUAAUUUGCAAUCUCAGCUCACUGCUGCCUUUGCCGCUCAUUGGGCUACUUCCUGACGAGAAAGAAGAAUCAAAAAAUGUGGAUAUCGAACAAGCAAAAUUGAAUUGAGAAUUCCAUAAAUGUUGAACACCUUUCUUCCAGUUGUGAAAGAUCAGAUUCAUGCAAUAGCUAACACAUACAGUGCCCUGCUAUAUCCUAUUUUCAAGGCUUUUGUACGUAUUGAAGAAAGGAAAUCUCAUCCUUAGACUUCUUGUAUUAUUUUCCUUUCAGGUAGUGUUUUCAUGCUUUUUGGAAGCGAAAAAAUUUUCUUGUUGAUUUUUUA